ACAAUUGAGCGAAAUUACUAAGCGAACGGUUAGUUAGAUAAAGCGGAGAAUUGAAAAAUUAAUUGAUUUUAUUUGUUUAUUACUUUUAAAAUUUAGCAUUUAAUUUAUUUGCAAAUUGUAAAAACUAAAAACGAGAGAAAAAACGAACUUAAAAAAUAUUAAAAAAAAAUAUGCAUAAAACGAUCGUAAUGUUAAAGUGAAAAGUAAAAUAAAACAAAAAGAUAAUGAAUAGACAUUCUAGUAAACAACUCAACGAAACUGCACUAAAAUCCACAGCAACGCCACCUCCUCACUUUGAAUUUCUAUAGAAAAGAAUUCCCACUGUCUGAUCUCAAAUUAAAACACCACCAACCAACAACUAUCUAGCUGAUCUAUAAAUUUCACAGACACAAAAACAAAAACCAAGAAGAGGACUUAUUUUUCUAACUAAAUGUUUGCGUUUCGAGAUUCAUUUCAAAACAACAGAUAAAUUUUCCAAAAAUUUGCAAACAAACAAAAAAACAAGAAAAGAACUGAAACUACAACAACACGUCUAUAAGUCUAGGAAAAAUCUAGUUUCAAUUUUCUUUUUCUAUUAAAACCAGUCAGCCACUUAAUCAGUCAGUCGGUUUUAUUUGAAUUAUUUUUUUUUUGUUUGUGUCUCUCACUCUCUUAUUCUUUCAACGCGGCUGACAACGAUAAUGAUGACGAUGAUCAUGAAUUAAAAAGAAAACGAAUUACAAAAACAACAUUAGCAUUAGAAAUAGACAACCAGAACAACAACAGCAAUAAUAAAAAAACUAGUGCAAUACAAAUACCAAACAAAGUGAAGAAGAUAAAAGCAGAACCAGAAAAACAUCACUGGUAUUGAGGUUCAGAUUGUUUUUGUGCAGAUUUUUCAAAUUCCCUUUUUUGUUGUUUACAAAAUAAAUAAUCCAUGGAAAACUGCAACAAAGAAAAAAUGUUCUCUUUUUCCACAACGACAUCAACAACAACAUUAGCAACAUCAUCAGUGGCAGCAACAACAGCAACACCAGCAGCACCAUCACAAUUAACGAAAACAGUAGCAGCAAAUGCUUUAAAGAUGCCUCAAACAGGUGACUGUUUGGUAACUUUACCCCCUCAAAUACCAGAAAUUUCAUAUGAAUUUUCACAAACACAUCAGUCGACACAAUUUGCCGUCACAACAACAAGUGCUAGUGGAACUAUAAAUGAUCCAUUUGCAACAUAUACAGAUAAUUUUGAUCUAUCGCUACUACCUCAGGAUUACAAUAAUGAUAAUAAUAACAAUACAACACAAACAGCAACAAUAACGACAAAUAUUAAGCAAACGAAUCAUAUAGAUAAUAUACCCACAACAGUUUACAAUUUCGAUACAACGACAAUAAAUCAACAACAUUUACAACAAGAUAAAGCCAACUCACUUGCUGUACCCGAUAUAAAAAUCGAACAAACCUGGUCUUCGUGUCCUUCUCUCAACACAAUUAAACAAGAGCAAAUCUAUCAAAGCUAUUUUCCUUUAAAUACGAAACAAAAUCAACUUGUACCACCACCACCCGCUUAUCCAGUACAAAUCUAUCCGUCGCCGCAAUCUAGCCCCGCUCAAUCAGAAUAUAAUUUUUCCCACACACAAUACUCAUCAUCGCCCUCGUCUGCCUGUUAUGAAUCUUUAAGUUCAUCUCGCAAUUCUCUAUAUAAUAUUGCCUCCUCACCGUGUCCCUCUAUUGAUGCCCAAACGAUUAAGCAAGAGCAAUUACACAUAUUACCACCUUCACCACCCGAAUCCAACUGUGAUACUCCCACACCACAGUCUAGCUAUAGUAGCUGUAGCAGUGGUUUCGAUUUCAAAUCAGAACCUUUCGAUUCCGAUGUUGAAACGUUUAAUGAUUUGAAUAAAUCACAGUGUAGUGCCACCGUGACAGCAGAUCAUCAAUUAUUGCGCGAAUAUUUGGAAGAUACAACGUUCCAAAAACGACACAAUCUGAAACCUUUGGCUCUGGAGUCGUUUAUUGGUGGCCUGGAAGAGGUUCGUGAUAAUAUCGAACCAGUUAUUACAUUAGCAUUAGAACAUGCGAAACGUGAAGCUGAUGCUACUUGUGCUAAAUUGCAAAUAUCACAGGAUCCCUCGGCUUGGUCAGCAAAUCAAGUACACGCAUGGUUACGAUCCACCCUACAACAAUUCAAAUUACCAAUAAUUGAUGAUAUUGAAAAUAAAUUUCUUGAAAAUGGUGCUGAGUUAUUGCAACUAACUGAAGAUGAAUUUGUCAAAAGAAUACCAGAGGGUGGUAGUACUUUGCAUGCUCAAUUGGAAAUAUGGAAACUAACAUAUUCACCCGAAUAUCCAAAAAAUACAACUAUAAAUCAAAUGCAACAAACACAUAAUAUGUGGACAAGCAAUAUAUUGCAUGCAUACAAUAAUAGCAUGGAAGAAGAUACCGAAGAUGAAGAUGAUUUUCUUACCAACAACAACAACUCUAACACUAACAACUCUCUGGCAAACGCACAACAACAAGUUAACGGCCAAUUUAAUAAUAAUGAAGAGGUGAUCAAUACAAAUUCCAAUGGUAUAAAUAACAACAACAACAACAGCAAUAACACAAAUAAUAAUAUCAACAACAACAAUAAUAAUACAACUACUAAUGAAAUCAAUACCAUAACGCCAGUUAAACGUGCUGGCACCCGCAACGGUGGAUCUCACAUACAUUUAUGGCAAUUUCUAAAAGAACUUUUAGCGGCACCCCAUAUUAAUGGCACAGCCAUACGUUGGAUUGAUCGCAGCAAGGGCAUUUUUAAGAUAGAGGAUUCAGUGAGAGUGGCCAAAUUGUGGGGUAAACGCAAAAAUCGUCCAGCCAUGAAUUAUGAUAAACUAUCACGUUCCAUACGUCAAUACUACAAGAAGGGCAUUAUGAAAAAGACAGAAAGAUCACAAAGAUUGGUAUAUCAAUUCUGUCAACCAUAUCAUAUGUGAGCUGAAAUUUUAAUGCAACAUUAAAGUGGGGUUUAUGAAAUGUUACACAGUAAUAUUUUGGGAACAAAAAAAGAAAUUAUUUAUUUAUUUAUUUUAACUUAUUUAUUUAUUUAAUUUAUUUAUUUCUGAAAUAUUUUGUUUCUUAAUAACUAUUUAUUUAAUUUAU